GGGACAAGGCGAGGCGGGGGUGGACUGACGGGUCCCGGGGUGGCUGGUAGUCGUAGGUUGCAGUGCGUCCGUGAGGAGCUGCAGGAUGAAGGACCCGGUGGGGUUCCUGCGGCGGCAGCAGGAGGCAGACAGCGGGGAUGCGGCCGAGCGCUGGCAGAGGAUGGAGACCUUCUACAACAGGAGGCUGUGGCAUCAACUCACAGUGGAACUGCUGGAAUUCACGCUGAUACCUUGUUUCCCAUCUGGGGACAAUCUCUUACAGUUGUAUGAAAACUUCAUAAGUGAUUUUGAGCACAGAAUAAACCCAUUAUCCCUGGUGGAAAUUAUUCUACGUGUGGUUCGACAGAUGAAUGAUGCACAAAUGGCACUGUCUCUGCUGGAAAAAACAUGGGAGAAGGUAAAGGGUAAUGAUGAAGCUUUAAUUCUCUGCAGGACUGCCAUCGCUGCUAUUAAGAUCAAAAUUGGAGACCUCCAGGAAACCAAGAAAAUCAUUGAAGAAGUUGACGAGAUGCUGGAGAAGUUGCCGGGAGUGACGUCAGUGCAUGGCCGGUUUUACGACACUUCCAGCAGUUACUAUCAGGUGGUGGGCGACCACGCUGCUUACUACAGGGAGGCUCUGCGGUAUCUCGGCUGUACCGAACUCUCUGACUUGUCAAUGGGCUCACAGCAGCAGAGAGCAUUCACCCUGGGCCUGGCGGCACUGCUGGGGGAAGGGAUCUAUAACUUUGGUGAACUGCUAAUGCACCCAAUCCUGGAAUCGCUGCGUGAUACGGAGAACCAAUGGCUGAUCGAUACUCUGUACGCUUUCAACAGUGGGGACGUGGAGACCUUCUUUGGUCUGAAAUCCUACUGGGGAUCACAGUCGGACCUGGCCAAUAAUGAACAGCGACUGAAGGAGAAACUCCAGCUGCUCUGCCUAAUGGAGAUGGUGUUUACAAGACCAGCCAAUCAUCGGCAGAUGACGUUCCAGGAAAUAUCCCACCAGGCCAAGGUGCCUGUCGAUGAGGUCGAAAUGUUGGUUAUGAAAGCGCUGUCCGCUGGCCUGGUAAAAGGCAGCAUCGACGAAGUGGACCACAAGGUUCACAUGACCUGGGUUCAGCCACGAGUCAUGGACCUGCAACAGGUGUCUUAUAUGAAGCAGCGCCUAGAAGCCUGGUGUGCUGAUGUGAAGAAUAUCUCCAUUCUGGUUGAAGACCAUGCACAUGAGGUUCUUGGCUGAAACCCCAUCACGGUUGCAUGUGAUGUUGUGUUUGUUUAUGCAAAGUUUAAAACACUCUCGCGUUUUGUUUGCUGCAAAAGCAGCUAGUUAAAUUGUCAUUUCCUUGUGAAAUUUAAAUAAAUAUACAGUUCUAUCUGUGCAA